AUGCGACGUAGACUGCAGACCGAGAAAGCGAGAAUUGCUGUGGCGGCUUCGAGAGUCGCAAAAAGCAAAGAUGCAGAGGUGGCAGCUGCCACAAACUGCAUGCCACCAGAGCCUUUCCAGUCACGAUUGCAGCGCGAGCAGUUCACCAGGCUGUUUGUGCGAACAAAAUAUGGGACCACAUUCAUGGACAAGGAUGAGCGCCACCAGUUCUCAAGAGAACGAGCUAGAUGUGUGAAGAGUUUUUUGCAGGCAAUGGUUGAUGCAGUGGUCAAGCUUUUCCGCGGUUCAAGCGGCUCGGAUGCCUUGCCAAUGAAACAUGUUUUGAACACUGUCGUGUCGGAUGACACAACCACGAAACUGAAAGCUCAAGGCCGGCCAGGCUUCGAUCAGAGCGUUGUGUAUACCGUCAUGAAUACAUCACAAAGCUUGGUCUUACGGUAUGCUGAUGGGGCCACCCAGUGCAUGCACAUGCCGACACCUCUGCAGAUCCUCCCUUCUGGAAAGGCCAAAAGCAUCCACGAGGCGUUCAAGGCUUGGCUGCUGAUCACAGGGACGGGUGUGGGAGGCAGGCUAUUGAGUUUGCAAUGCCCUGCAAAUCUUGCAUCUCAAUCUCCCUGGCAAACGCUGGUACUCAUGGGAGAUGCCCUCAAGGCAAACAACACAGCGUGGAACAUGGAAAAGAAUAGUCUUCUGCAACGGCGCAGGGAGACAGAUUCUGCGGAUGUGCCUCAUCGUACAUUGGGGCUUCGCUUGAAGUGUCUGAACCAUCAGUGUGCACUCAUCAGGCGGCCCUUGGUCUUGUCCAUAGAGAGAUAUUGGGCCACAUUAGUGAGGUUGGGCCAUCUUUUCGAGCUGAACUCCUUUCGAAGAAGUUUUGCUGGUGCUUUGAUAUCCUUGGUUCAGCAGCCUGGCAACUUCGUCCGAAUCCCGGUUGCAGCAUUCCCGCCUGAGAUGCCUGUUUGGCAGAAGCGAACUGCUUGGAUAUUGCGAGAUUAUCAAAGCACGUCCUUGGGAGCUCAAAAGCUUGCUCGGUCUCCCCUGGAUUUUGCUAACGGUGAUUCCACGAAAGACGUCAUAGUUCACCACUGUUUGUUGCCGAGGGAGGGAGAGCCACCAUGCUGUUCGUCACACGACGAAUCGGUGUGCAAAUUCCUUGCACAAGCAGUACCACUCUUGAGCAGAGGAUUUCCCACCCCGCUGUUGUAUCGGAUGAAGCACUAUGGGCCUGCAUCUUCAUACAUGAAGCUUGCCGGGUCUUGCUUUGGCUUGUUACGCCGGGUGCUGUGCGAGAUGGAAAGCAGUGCUGUUCAAAGUGCAAAUGACGGUGAGCUGGCUCAGUAUGUGGAUGCGUUUCUACAGGAUUCCAGCAGGCCUGGGGGCGUGGCUCCUGCAGAGGAGAACUACUGGCAGCACCUUCUCGCCUCAGCGUUGGAUUCUGACAGAGACUUUGCUGCACAAAAUGGGGCACGGCGGAGGAUGGUCAUUCACGAGAUUUCCAAGCCUUCCUUCCAGCAAGCAUCGAUUGUUAUUGACUGUUUGAUCCAGCCUUUGGAGCACGGAAUCAACACUUUGUUGUCCCACACCCGGAUCCUGCAUGACUUGACCUUUCUGGGAAAGGGCCACCCCGAGUACCAGGAGCUUUGUUCAAAGAGCCGUGGACUGUUCUUGAGGUGCAUGAGCGGUCACUUUGGUGACCAAAUGCUGCGGGAGUACACGGUCAUAAUGGAGCGAGGCCUGUUUGAACUCAUUGACAUGGGCUUUGAGGCUACAGACGAUAGCCUCAACAAGAUCUUUGAUGCCAUCGUACUGCUGUGCACUGACCUGCACAGAAGGUGCAAUUACGAGCUGAGCCGUGCACCGUUUAAGCUUUUCAAGCUUUGCGAUCUCGACCUUGCUGCCUUCCUGGAUGCUUGGGCUGCGCUUGAGGCAGAAGCUGUUGCUUGCCAGAACUGCGUGGACCACGAACUUACAACCGUCCUCUUGAAGAAGUUUUCGGGUUUGCAAGUGAAGACAGUGGAAGAACAAAUGGCUUCACAAUCAGAGAUCGUAUCCCUGCUCAGUGACAUCAGCACGUUCUCGCCAACAACAUCAGACGCUGUUGAGCUCAAAAACGGGCAGCUUCAGUGGGUUGUGUCGAAAAGAGCAAGCCAGAACGUCCGGAACGGCCGGACAGCAGUGGAAAUGAGCCUCCUACAUUCCGCUGUAGCCCAGAAUCAAUGGGUACAGUCUGCUGCCGGCGUCGAGACGAUGCCUUCAAAGGCAACAGCUUCAAGUAUCAAGAAGAUGUCCGGUGUCAAGACACAGCAGACCGAGGAUGGGAAAAGCCGCACCAAAACGACUCGCGAGACGGCCCAGGACAAGCAUCUGAGGCUGGAUAAAGCCGGCAAGCGCAAGAUUCGCAGCAUCUGUGCCUGGAAUGUAUUCCAGAGGGAAGGCAGGGCUGGACAGAGUUUGAAAGGCGAUGAAUACCAUGCCAGGAUCCGGGAGUUGUCGGCUCAGUGGCGUCGAAUGAGCUCGGAGGAGAAGCAGCCCUUCGUUGUCAAAGCCGCGCACCAGCAGACCCUUUUGGAUGAGCUGGAGCAGAAACCGCUUGAUUCGGCUGCAACCACAAAGGCUAAAGCAGCAGAGGGUGCGGCUGAUGCUGCUCCGGUGGACAGUGCUUGGAAGAAUGCUUGCAAGAAGAGAUCGUUGAGACGAUUGGAGUUGAAUACGGCAUCUUUGAUAGACAUCAGAACGACUGACGAGAACAUCGCGGAUUUCUUGCAAGAGACGAUGCACAAGCCUCUUUCUGCAGCACAGGCGGACAUGCAGGCUGAGGACUUGGAGGAGGAGGAUGCUCCAACUCAAGCUCAGUGUUGUCCUGAGCUUUGCAUGCAGCACCCGUUGUACGGGUUGGUGGAGGAGUGGAGAAGUUGCCUGCGACGCCAUCUUGAGCACCGGAACAUCAAGUCAAGUGCUUUGGUGACUUUCACAAGCUCCACUUUCCCAAGCUGCCUUGCUUAUGUUUUGGGCGUCGCACUCAAGAGGCCCGCUUUGCGCAUGCUGAUGAAGGUAUCCGUGCAUGAGAGAGAAGAGUCCGAGGUAAAGUUCGAGCUGAGGAACGGUGCCCCAGUGAUUGAAACCGACCGCCAAGUGAUGCUGCAGCUGCUCCAAAUGGCGGGUGGUGCAAGUGACACUUGCAUCCAGGUUGAGGUUUGGAGCCUCCAAGCGAAGAUUCGUGGACAGUGCGAGCUGUAUGCUGCGCCUCAAGAUCAUGUGUGUUCGUUCAAUCUGGACGUGAAGAUUCCACAGAAAGCAAAGCGUGGUCCAGUUGUUUUGCCAUUUGGGGUGAAAGUUCCAAAACCCAAGCGCAAGCAGAAGAAAGCAAAGCCGAAGUCCGAAGUUGUUCGGAAACGCAAAACCACGGACAAGAAAGCAGCCCAGGAGGUAUCUGAUGACGAAGCCUCCGACUCUGAUUCGGAGGCAGCGGACCCAGCUGAGACGCUGGAAGAUGGUGACCGUGUGGUUCUUGCAGACAGUGUUCGCGAAGAAGAAAAACAGCUGCCAGCACUGCAGCAAGAGAUCGACAAUGCAGAUGCAGCGAGGGCGGAGAUCGCAGCAAGCAUUCGUGCAAACCAGCCAGUGCCAGGACGAACUUCCAGUUUUUUUGCGAAGGAGCUGGGAUUGGACAGUGGUGCCUUGGCGGCCUCCGGACGAUCAGUGUGCCUGAGCUGCAAGAGUGCGAUUGCAAAGAACUCUGUGCGUUUUUCUUGGCAUCACUCCCUCUACCGUCCUCCUGGCUGGGUUCACGGGUCCUGUGUCAUCGAUUUCGUCAAGACGACUGGACUGAAGGAGGUCGCUUUGCGACGCCUUGACAACAUCUUGCAGAUGAGCAGUGCGAGCUCUUCGAGCAGCGCGCCUGCUGUGCCCAAUCAGGUUGUUGAAAUGGCUCGAAGUAUCAGGCAGGCCUUGAGCGCUUAG